AUGUGGCUAACGGACACUCAGAAGAUCGGAGUCGGGAUCACUUCGGCUGGGGUGAUGUUCUUGAUGCUCGGGAGCAUGCUAUUCUUUGAUGGACCACUCUUAGCACUUGGAAAUAUCCUCUUCCUCACGGGAAUCACCUUCGUAAUCGGACCACAAAAGACCUACUAUUUCUUCGCUAGAAGGAAUAAAAGCACGAUUAGGGAAGAGCGCUGUUAA